GGUAGGUACGUCAUUUCGACGAUAAUUCUUACAUAUCAACAUAUAAAGAACAUUUUAUUUUUAUCUCCCCUGCACCUGAAAUGAAAACAUUUUUUCUCCCGAUUAUCACAUCGACUCGGGUAACUUUUGUAUUUGUAUAGUUUCAAAACUGUUGGCUCUGUCUAGCCCGCAAAGGACAAAGACGUGAACUAUCUGUACCUAUACAGGGUGUAACACUACGACAUAGCCGUUAGGUAUGCGUAGGGUACUCCAAAUAAAGGCACUUGAGAAAAUUUUACUGGGAAAAAAAAAUCAAUAUGAAAAAAUAAAUAAUCAAAAUCAAUGUACAGUCAACAGCACUUUAACCUACCUAAAUUCAUUGCAAACUCGCCGCUAUUACCGCGCCAUAGAGGUUUAUACAGGGUAAUUUGACGUGCUGUUGACUGUACAGCGAACAUCGCGCUGCAUAUCGUGUCAAUGACAACUCGCGCGCGAAUGAUUUAGAUUUGGAACAAAAGCUGUAGCGAUAAAUAAUACUUAGGUAUUAAAGAUUUUUGCACUCAUAAACGUGAGCUAAGAUAAGAAUGAAAUGAUUCACAACUUCAUCACAACGGCAGAAAUCGGCAAUCCCAACGAUAUUCUUAUCUAUGAUUCCAACGCUACUUGAGUUUUUCUGCAAAUUAUAGUCAUGAUUAUCUUGCGGGUGGGAGUGUGUGGCAACGGUAUGGCGGUGAGUUGGAUUGGUUGGUCGCGUCCUCUUGUAGUAUUUUGGUGAUGGUAUGUUCCAAGCUUGUGGCUUAGUAGCUACAACGAAAUGUUGUAAUAUAUUCUUAGUAUGCAAGAUUUUUAUGGUUUAUUAGCGACCAGCCAUUACGUGUGUAUAAACCUUCGGGUAACUGUGGAAGCUGCAUUAAAAUCCGUUGUGUGGUUUAAAAGUAAGCUUAAAAAUUAAAAUUAUUUUAAUCCAACAGGUGCAUACAGACAGUGGUGCUAUAAAAACACAAAGAUUAUGAAUUGAAUUGAACACCUAUCUAUACAUGUUGACGUUGACACUUGAUUAAACCCUACUGCAGAAAUAUUUUUAAAUUAUCUAUGGCAGUUAGAAAGUUUGUUGAAAAAUUAGAUUUUAUUUUAAAAAAUCUGAUUUUCCUAUAUAAAAACCCAAUUUUCUUUAACAUCUUCCGUUCAAAAUGUUAGAAAUGAAAGAUUUGUGGACUUUACUAAGGUACUUUACAAUCACGGAACAUUUAUCUUAGCACAAGCGACUGUUACAAGACGAACGACGCCACAGACUGACUUGAGAGCGGGCGCGGGAAGCGGGAACGCGUGAUGCUAUCCACGGACUAUGGCGACUGCGAGCGCCAAUCACGAUCGAGGACCGCGAACAUUACCAAAUAAGGCGCGUUAUAUGCGCGUGUCACAGUAUAAGUAAAAGCAUACGAAUUGCCGCCAACCCACAGUAUAAAUUAAUGCAGGGAACGACUUAUCGGUAAUACAAAAGUAUACAAGGUACGGUAAGGUAAGUAUACGGUAUACAAGGUUAAGUUAGAAGUUUAUGAAAGAAUUCUGCCCGUGAGUCGUGUGCCGGAAGGUCCGCGGGCUCACCACACUUCGCCGUCAUUACGUGUGACCUAGUUUUAUAAUGAACCUUCUUUCUUAUCGAAUAUGUUAUUGCUAAUACUGGUGUCAGAUAUUCAAGUAAUCUAAAGGCAUCUGCGACAUGACAUUCACGACUUCGUACCGAUACACACUAAUAAACUAAACUGAUAGCAGGUAGACUCUAAAUCUGAAUCCCAGGUUCUCACUCGUGUCAUAUGAGUUUGUAUACCAUACCAAUAUACAAAAUUAUGUGGCACGAGGCAAAAAAGGUUAUUAACCUGGGACCUAUCACGGUCAUAAGUGGUUAAUCACUGGAUCACCACCGCUUCUAUAAAAUUAAUAAAUCUAAGAAUAAAUUAUUAUUAAUUUUGUUUCUCCUUUUGGAAUUCAUGGCAUAUUGUCCGGUCAUUUGAGAGGUUUGCUUUGGACAGUUUUAAUAAUAUAUGUUAUUAAUACUUAAAUACACACGCCUUGCAAUAUAAAAUACGGAUCUUAUUUUCGUAAUUCAGAUAGUUGAUAUUACAAAACAUGUUCGUUUAUUUCCCAAUACAGGAUUAAUUCGGUAUCCUAUUAGUAAAAGUACAAAAAAUUACAUCAUUGAUUAAACAAAGACAAGCGGGAAAUAUGGAAAAUGCCGAAUAAUAAAUAAAACGACCGAACGGACGAAAGGAUAAAUAUUUACAUAUAUAAAACAAAAUCCUCUGUAUAUAUUGCCCUGUUCACGAUUAACUCAAAAAUACUGCACGGAUUUUCACGCGGUUGUCACCAAUAGGAAGGCUUAAGUGUGUAAUUUAUUAAGCAUGUUUUACCCGAGCGAAGCCGAGACGAGCCACUAGUAAAUAAGUAAACACGCGAAUGCGAACAGGAGAACGAGUAAUAAUUAAAUAAAGUUGAUGUUAUAAAACAGUCCAAGUUAGUUUAUCGCCCAACGCAGGAUUCAUCCGAUAUAAUAUUGACCACAAUGAUUAAACAAUUGUUUUCAAGGACAAGCGGGCAAUGAGUGCAAAGCGCCACAAAAUAGUUUAAAUUUUCGCUAAAAUAUAGCGUGCAGAACAAACGGACAAGUGGACUAUUAGGUCCGACGCUCUAUGGUUGAGGAAGCAACCUGGAAAACGUUCAAAUUAAAGAAUACCUUAAUAAAAUACGAUACAGUAAAAACGUACGAAACGAAGAGCGCGCUGAUAAUACGAAAUAUACCAAUUUAAAAUUAUGCCAAAAUGAGUAAUAAUUACCUAUACAUCUCGGAAUACCUUAGUUUUGUGCGACUACCUACGUCAGAUUUUAGUCUCUGGAUUGCGAGAAGAACCUAUGGUUAAAGUUUACCCACUAAGUGCUAAAUUUAGGCUCCACAUGAUUACACAAUCAUGUUAAAGUUUUUUGGGACAAUAAACAACAGUUCAAUUUAUAUGUUAGUCUAACAAAUUACAUCAUAGUUACCUAUUAAUAUUUUAUAAAAUAUUAAUUACUCUUCAUUAUGUAUUAAAUUUAAGUUUAUCGUAACAUUUAUUUCUUUUUCUUUUACAUGCCCCAGCGGCUUCGCGCGGGUAAACACAUUACAAAUUAUACCUAAACCUUUAUCAGGAAUCACACAGUCUAUUGGCAAAAACCGCAUGAAAAUCCGUGCGUUCCUUCACCGGAAGCAAAUGGUGGCCUAAUUACUAAUGCGUUUAUAUGAACGACUGAUAUGCAAACUCUUGCGGCAGAGUAGAUCGAAGGAUGCGAUGUCAACUUUAGACCUUUCGAUCUCCAGAACACAACCGUGAUUUUAUUUGACAUCGAAUCUACCUCAGAGUCAGUCGUGUCGCACGAGUCGCGUUAAAUGAAUCACGUUGAUAGUCCAUUAUUGUGAUUGCUAAAACUGCUUUAGUGACUGCUAAAGUUUAAACCCUAUAUUUGUGAAUUUUUACUAAAUAAUUUUGAGUUAGCUUUCUUUCAAAUAAAUAUAUUAUUAUUUCUUGUGAAUCAUGAAGUGGAAAAAUAUUGUGAAAUGUGACACAAACAGGAAACAUUAUGAACUUUUUAUUUCUUUAAUAUUAUUUUUUGUGUGUGACACUGCGGGUCAUUUACAUAAUGACAAGCCUUGCGGGGUGGUGGCCAGCGACCACGCUAUUCACCAGCACCCUUGGCUGGUGGUUCUGGAGUACCACUACAAGUAUUACAGCGGUGGCAUCAGGUGCGCAGGCGCCCUUAUUACCAGCCGACACAUUAUUACGGCGGCGCACUGCGUGGUUUUGGGCAUGUUUCCCAUCAUAAUGCUACCUCGGCUGGGAGAAUACAACAUGUCUUCGGACCCUGACUGCGAUGGCAACAUCUGCGCAGACCCUCCGGUGCGCAUGGUCAUCCAGAAGAUCUUCGUGCAUCCUGGCUUCCGUAAGAACAGGAAGUUGUCAGGAAAUGAUCUGGCCAUUCUGAUGUUGGAGGCUGAGGCGCCUUAUACAGAUUUCAUCCGGCCAGUUUGUUUACCCAGCGGAAUCUUGGAUGAUCAGACUUUAUUCUACGCUUCUGGUUUCGGAGCGACGCCAUACGACGUCAACUUUUCUGAGGUGAAGAAGAACAUUCCUGUACCAUACUACCCUAAUUGUUGGAAAAUCUAUAGAAACAUAGAAAAUAAUUUAAUUUGCGCUGGCGGAGUAAAAGGUUUUGAUACUUGUAGUGGCGACUCUGGUAGUCCUUUGGUGAGAAUGGUUAAAUUUUCGAAAUUUGAAAGACGAUUCGAAAUUUGGGGCGUCACCAAAGGUGGACAUAGUAUUUGUGGAUCGCCUGGCGUACCCGGGUUGUAUACGUGUGUUAUAUGUUAUAGAGACUGGGUUAUCAAAAUCGUUGAUAUGUAUGAAACUAGAAAUGACCAUAAAAAUGUAGGGUUACGACGAAAUGGUUCUAUUUUUCUUGUGAUAUCUUUUGUCACUCUUACUUUAGUAUUUAUAUAAACAAAAUUGCUUUGUCGAUUCUCAUUUUGCAUAAAAUAUUUUUAUUGCUUACACUGUUGUCAUCCUAUUAUUCAUUACAAUAGGUAUUAUUAUAUUUACUAAAUACCAAAGAAACUUAUUUAUUUAACCUAUUUCAAUUUUGGUGGAUUGUGGGACCAAUUUUAAAGACAUAGUAAAUUAUUGUAUUGUAUACAGUGAGAUCUCAAAAUAUAAGGACUGUUUUAAAGAUGAUAUGGAUGGAGUCGUAGAAUGUGUUGACGACAACAAUAGUUUAAACUAUAUUUGUGCUAUAUAUUGUUACAUAAACGUUUACUCAACAAUAUGGAUGUUCAUAAAUAGGGUUAGGGUAGUUGACAUGCUCAAAGAAUUAAAAAAAUAUGUGUAAUAAGUAAAAUAUGCGUAGAUAUAUUUACAAUAGAAUUAUUAUGAUAAUUCAUUGACUGUAAGAAUGCAGCUAGAUAUGUAGCUGCAUUCUUAAAGUCUUAAGUUAGCAUAUUUCAAUAAGCAUGAAAUUAUUAAAACAACAAUAAAAUUUUGUAACAACUUUUAUUAAGAAGUCAUCACCAUAAACGUAAUAUUUGAUCUAGCUGUCGGAACACAUAUAUCUUUCUUAUCAAGUUGUGACGUCACUUGUUCGUGUCAUUUAGUAUGGAGCGUUUGGACGUGUCCAUAAAUGUGUGAUUUUUCGUUUUGUCAUCUUUGAAAGUAUUAUCAUUAACACAGUACAUUUUCACUGGUGUUUCCAUUAAUUUAAAGGCCUUCAAAUAGUCAUUCAAGUCAAAACAAAAAUUUGUCAACUAACCUAUAUUGUAACUUUUAUAAACUUUUAUAAAAUAUAUUUUCGUACGUUGUCUGCUGAAUGAACCACAACCUAAAGCUGUUUGAUGUUAUUAGUUGAUUUAUUAGUUGAAUAUUUGUUAUUAGUUGAUUUAUUAGUUGAACAAUAGUUUUACUAUUAUUAUUUGUUGUGUGCUGAGUUGUGUCCUUUUUGUAUUGCUGCAACACACGCUUAUUUGUAUUAAUAACUAAUAUGAAGAACCUGUAUGUGUUGUGUAUUUUGUUUUGUGGUUACAAAUAAAGAUUUUAUCUAUCUUCUUACUUUAUAAAUCAACGAAAGUAUAAAAAUGUAUGUUUUACUUUUGAGCUUUUUCAAAUUAAAUUUGUUACUGUUGUAAUUAUUUAAAGGUAAAGUUAUAGGAGUUAUUCUGGUCUGAUCUACUAGUUUAGUACAGUCAAGAUGAAAACAUUUGUUGCUGGACAUUCUAAAAAAAAGAGGGUAUAUAUCUGUCUAAUAUAUUGUUAAUUUUUAAUAUACACUGUUUUUCAAGUACAAAACAUUCUAAUGAAGAUUAUAACAAUAAGAUAGCCGAUAAUUUAAUAUACCAGAUCCAAAAAUAUUAUCAAGUACAAAUAGUUUUUUACUGACUCUAUCAAAAAUAUGAAAGAAAGAAAGAAAAUAACGUUUAUUUAGCACAAAAAAACAUGACAGAUAACACAAAAUAUUGUAUUAACGUGGUCUUCGCUCAGCAAGGUGUGAGCCGCGACGGUGGUCUGCGCGAAUGAAAUGCACGGAAUAUAAGCAUAUUCCAAGCGGAAUACAAUACUUAGUUAUUUAUUCCGAGCUCCUUGACUCAGAGUCAGAAAGACAUAGAUUAUUUUCUAUGUCUUUCUGACUCAGGGGAAUCAGAAAGACAUAGAACAUAAUCAAAAUAAAGCGGAUACACUAGGGAGUACUCAGUUAUAGAAACAAUUCAAGAUGCAGCUUGCUUUCAAUAAAACAAGAGUAAUUUGCUAACAUUUAUUAAUCGCCUAAAUACUUGUAUAGAAAUAAAAUAACAAUCGUUUAGAUGAAUAGUCAGUCUUGUUUUAGAUAUAUUCUUAACGAUUCUUAUUGAGAAUCCAUUCACCCCAAUGUUCAACAUAAAACGUACUCAAUACGCGACUAGUUUAUUUUGGUUAUAAUUUAAUAUUUACAAUUUUAUUCUUUCUUAUAGGAAUAAAUAUUGUUUGGAAAUUAUUAUCGAAAAUACAAUACUAAUGGCUAUAUAAAUUACAUUUAGGUACAUU